AUGAGCCUGACUGACGUCACACAAAUGGGCAGUGGGAACUCCCAGUGUUUAUUUCCAAAUUCGGGCUACUCUGGAGAAAUUGUCCUGACGCAGUCUCCAGCCUUCCUAUUAUUGUCUCGAGGAGAAAAGGCCACGAUCUCCUGCAGAGCCAGUCAGAGUGCUGGCAGCUACAUGGCCUGGUACCAGCAGAAACUGGGGCAGGUUCCCAGGCUCCUCAUUUAUUCUGCAUCCAGCAGGCCCGAUGGCAUCCCAGCCCGCUUCAGUGGCAGCGGGUCUGGGACAGACUUCACGCUCACCAUCAAGCUGGAGCCUGAGGAUGCCGCCACUUACUACUGUCAGUAUGAUUAUUAUGCGCCUCCCACAGUGACACCGGGAGCAGAUGAACGAGUUCCAAUUUCAGGCUCCUCUGGAGAAAUAGUCCUGACACAUUCUCCAGCCUCACUAUCAUUGUCUCCAGGAGAAAAGGCCACGAUCUCCUGCAAGGCCAGUUAGAAUGUUAAUAACAAUUUACACUGGUACCAGCAGAAACCUGGACAGUCUCCCAGGCUCCUCAUCUAUUGGGCAAACAGGAGGCCCGAUGGCAUCCCAGCCCGCUUCAGUGGCAGCGGGUCUGGGACAGACUUCACGCUCACCAUCAGAAGCCUGGAGCCUGAGGAUGCUGCCACUUACCACUGUCAGCAGUAUCAGAGUAGUCCUCCCACACUGACACAGGCCUGA